GUCGGCGAUGUGACAGCGGACGCCGGUGCGGCAUGGGUUCAUGGCACUGACGGCAACCCUUUGCUGCUGGAUGGCCUACUUCACAAGGAGGACAUCUUACCAAGCAGUGGCCACAACAUCUGGCUGCACGGUGCCGCUGGCGGCGACAGCUGCAGCUUCGUCCGCUCUCCGGAUGAUGCCCUCUGGGAGCGGCGACUUGCUCAACUUGGGAGCGCAGCCGGCGUUCCAGGAAAGAGCCUCCAGGAAGGACUUCGAGACACCGAAGCUACACUGGGGCCACUGAGCGAAGCUGAAGCCAGGCGUCUGCGGCUUCUGCAGCUUUGGUUUGGGACUUCUGCUGAGGAGAUUGGCAUGCUGGAGUGGGACUCGGAGCAUGGAUCCAUGGGCGACUAUCCUGGACCUCAUGCUGUCCUGAAAGGCGGUGCAGAGUCCCUCGCAGCACGUCUGGCUGCGGAUGCAAAGCGGCGCGGCGUCCAAGUGCGCUUCGGAGAAGAGGUGGUGCAUAUGUGGGAGGAUCCAGCAGGUGUUUUGGUACACUGCCGAAGCGGCCUGCGCUGCCGCGCCACAUGGGCAGUGCUGACCGCGUCUUUGGGUGUGCUGAAAAAGCUGGGGCCAAGUUUCAUCGAUCCAGCUAUGCCAGCGACCGUUCAGCGUGCUCUGUCACGCCUACAGAUGUGUCAUUACAACAAGAUCCUUCUCCAGGUUACGGAGAAG